UGGGGUUAAAGUCUUAGAGCAAUGGCUUUCAGAAUAGUCAGUUCACCCCCUGGCGAUUUUCCUGUAGGGAAACGCGGACACAUUGGAGUCAAAACCUCCCUGAGGCAACUUGUUUUUAUGCAGAAACAGGUUGCAGGAAGGGGGGUGGGGACUGAGCAAAGCAAAUCCCAAAGAGUUACUUCAGAAAUGUGAGAAAGAAAGGUGGAAAUGCAAUGCAGUGGCAAACGAGGAGAAAAGGAAGACAGAAAAAAAGGACAAGCAUGCUCAACUGGAAGGUUACGGAACAGCCGAUCAGAACUGCACCUACCAAAAGUUUGGUUACGGAUUCUGGAGAAAAUGUAAGUUAAAUCUACCUACGCUCUGAUCAGAUCCCAAGAGACAUUUUACUCAUUUCCUGGUUUUGAAUGAUGGGCUCUUGGAAGCAGUGUCUUUUUUGUGUGUCUCUGGUCACUGCUCUGAUUUUUGUGUUUGUUUACAAUCAUGAAUUAUGGGAGAAUAAAAGCUUCCUGGGAGCAUCUCUGUCCAAUGCUUCGCUAUUAGCAGAAGCCUGUCAUCAGAUUUUUAAGGGGAAGGUUUUUUACCCAACAGAGAAUGCAUUGAAAACUACCCUCAGUGAAUCUACCUGUUAUGAGUACAUAGCUCAAAGUCACUACAUAACAGAAGCACUCUCUGAAGAAGAGGCUGGCUUCCCUUUGGCUUACACGAUGACCAUUCACAAAGAUUUUGGCACUUUUGAGAGACUCUUCAGGGCAGUUUACAUGCCCCAAAAUGUCUACUGUGUUCAUGUGGAUGAAAAGGCAACAGAUACGUUUAAAGAUGCAGUGAAGCAAUUACUGAGCUGCUUCCCAAAUGCUUUUCUGGCUUCCAAGAUGGAGCCCGUGGUCUACGGUGGGAUUUCCAGGCUCCAGGCUGACCUGAACUGCAUCAAAGAUCUUGCAGGCUCUGAGGUUCCGUGGAAGUACGCCAUCAACACCUGUGGGCAAGAUUUCCCCCUGAAAACCAACAGGGAGAUCGUUCAGUAUCUGAAAGGAUUUAAAGGGAAAAACAUCACCCCAGGGGUGCUGCCUCCCGAUCAUGCUAUUGGACGGACUAAAUAUGUCCACCAAGAACUAUUGAGCAAAAAAAAUUCCUACAUGAUUAAAACCGUGAAAUUGAAAACUCCGCCUCCUCACAACAUGACCAUUUACUUUGGCACUGCCUACGUGGCCCUCACAAGGGAAUUUGCUAAUUUUGUCCUCCAAGACCCGCAGGCACUUGACUUACUGUCCUGGUCCAAGGACACCUACAGUCCUGAUGAACAUUUCUGGGUCACACUCAAUAGGAUUCCUGUUGUGGCACUUGCUGCCCGGGAGCUCCUCGACCUCACAUCUUAGGUGGUGGUCCUUUGGCAACAAGGUGAAGUCCAAGUUUUUCAGCACGACAUGCAAGGCCUUUUACGACAUUUUCCUUACGACCAGCUGCUGCCUUCCUCAAGGGUGUGACAUAGCCUGGCAGGCAGCGAACUUCACACGCUGCUUCCUCAACGCAUCCUUCUGUAGGUCUUCCAGAGUCAGGCGAGUGCUACCUUGCCCCUUGCCACAGAAAAGCCUAGGGGUGCUGGGGCUUGCCUUUCCCCCUUUGAUUAUUUCUUCAUUUCACUGAGAUUCCGAGUCUUCCAGUGUUUCACAAAAAGAAUACUCUCUUCGUUUUGGAGCUGUGCUCUAGAUAGCGUCAUACUUGGAAAACUUCUUUUUUUUUAAGUUGAAGUAUAGUUGAUUUACAAUGUUUCAUGUGUACAGCAAAGUGAUUCAGUUAUACUAAACAUAUAUUUAUCUAUUCU